CGCGGAGGUUAGUUGUGCGUUUGCUCGUCUAAGGUUCUGAUAUCAAAGCCUCUUCUCCCUGAGAUCAACUAGAGUCGCUCAUACAUGAAAAAUACCCCCAACAAGACCAGUCAUUGAAUGAGGCGCCUAUCUACACUUUGCAGGCGUAUUCUCCUCGAACCUUGUUCUGCAAAGUCUGUUUUUUCUUGGGGUAUAAAUACUUGCCAAGUUCUCAUCUGGGUCAAGGAUUCACAACUCAACGUCAGAGCUUGUUGAUCACUUAGCCUUCAGCUUUACUCGGACCCAGUGAUCGACUAUACAUGACAUCGAGAUUAACUGAUACCGAGAUUGAGGCUCAGCUGAACGAUUUAUAUGCUGCGGUGCCAGCGUGCCAGAAAGUUUUGAGUUCAGAGGACAUGCCCGUCAUGCCCGUUUCAUCGAGCCUCUGGGGGCGAAUCAUCUUCUUCAUUCUCUCCGUCUCUCUUUUCGACACUGCAUCAGCCCUACCAGCAAACAUAUCGUCUCCUGUUCUUCGACCUUUCGUAUUGCCACCGCCAAAGCAGCACUUGAGUCGAAGACAUAAAGGUCGCGGCAAGUCUUUCUCCCCACGACUAGAUGUCAACUUCCCCGACCCAUGCCUUGUUCAAGACCAAGACGACCACUGGGUGUCUUUUGCAACAAGUGGUGGUGGCUACCACAUCCAGGUCGCUGUGGCAGAUGAUCUCUUUGGCGAGUGGACUCAUCUCCAGCAAGAUGCCCUCCCGGGAGACGGAUGGACGAGUGGCAGAAAUUAUUGGGCCCCUGACGUGCGGAAGCUGGAGGAUGACUCGUAUAUAAUGUACUUUUCUGGAGAACUUCCUGAAGGUGGACAUUGUAUCGGAGUUGCACGAUCCCACAACAGCACCGGUCCGUAUACGAUGGAUCCCAAGCCAUUCGCCUGCCCACGUGACGAAGGCGGCGCGAUCGACCCGGCGGGUUUCUUUGACGAGUCCACAAACAAACGAUAUGUCGUCUAUAAAGUCGACGGCAACGCUCUCAACAACGGCUCGGGAACUCCCAUCCGACUCCAAGAGGUCUCGACAGAGGACGGCUCCACACCGAUCGGCAAACCUGUGGACAUCCUGGACCGGAUCGCCUCCGAGGAUGGGCCCCUGGUUGAGGCUCCGAGUCUGGUACGAACAGAGCAGGGCAAGUAUCUGCUCUUCUUCAGUAGCCACAUGUACACAGGCGAUGCCUAUGAUGUCAAAUGGGCUAUGAGUGACCGGGUCGAGGGCCCUUACACCCGGGGAUCAUCUCCAUUUCUCAAGACACCAGCUCUAGGCCUGAAAGGUCCUGGUGGAGGCACAAGUUCGGAAAAUGGACAGUUCAUGGUGUUUCAUGCGUGGUGCGGGAAGGGGAAGAGAUGCAUGUAUGCCAUUGGAUAUGGGCUUGAUUACGAGUAGAAUAAAAAAGAACCGGCAACGAGAGACGAGAGUUGUGAUACCUCGACAGGAAGGGAAUCUUUGGCAGUUUUGGUGUUUAUGGGACGGUUUUCUGGUUGAGCUCAUAGACUAGAUUUCAAAUUGAUUCAUUUCAUAUGCGCUUUUCUUCGUAGUCGUUUCCAGGCACGUUCG